AUGCCUGACCCGUUCAAGCAGCCGACGGAGUACUUGCUGGCUUUUCUCAACCGCAUCGCCAUGCUGGACAAGGAGGGCUUCUUUCAGCGACCAGUCCGCGAAGAGGAGGCGCCAAAUUAUUACAGCAUAAUUAAGCAGCCAAUGUGCUUCGCUGAUAUGCGUGAGAAGAUUGCCGCUGGUUUAUACCAGACGUGGCGGCAGCUGCGGGAUGACUUCAACCUCAUCCAUGAGAACGCUCGCCGGUUCAACUCAAACAAAACGCUUGUGCAUAGGGCAGCGUUAAACUUACAGAAAAAUGGUAACAAAGUCUUGGCUAACUAUGAGCUGGAA